AAAACCCUAGCGCGUCGGCUUCCGAGCUCCCAAGGCUUUCGGCGCGUUGCGGCUUCCCACACACGCGCUGACUCGCACACCCGCCAUGGCCGACGUCGACAUGGGCGAGCUCCCGCAGACCCCGCGCUCCACCGCCGGCGAUGACGACCUCUCAUUACCGGAGGGCGAGGCCGACCUCGCCGCGGCCAUCUUAGCGCGGCUCGGCAGCUCGCCCAGGGAGGACGACCAGCACCUCUGCGCCACCGCCGCCGCCAUGGCGCAGGCCGUCAGGGACCGGGGCGUCGCCGCCACGCCAGUGGCAUACUUCGCCGCGGCAGCCGCGGCGCUCGCUCCGCUAGCACGCGCGGGGGCGGUGGGCGCCGACCGCCACGUCGCCGGUGCGCUCCUCGCGUUCCUCUCCGCGGCGGUGCCCGGGCUCCCCGCAGCGGUGGUGCGCGCGCGUGGGCGCGAGGUCGCCGAGGACGUGGUGCGCGUGCUCGAAUUCCCGUCGAUGCCCGAUUCUGGUGUGAGGGCGGGGAUCAGGUGCCUCGCGCAUUUGAUAUCCGCGGGGGAGAGGGCGAGCUGGGAGGCAGUUGAGCCUCUCUUUGCAGUGAUUCUAUGGUUUUCCACCGAUCACCGGCCAAAGGUGAGAAAGCAAUCUCAUUCAUGCUUGCGAGAUGUUGUCCUAAGUUUUCAAAGGCAAGCAUUUUUGGUUCCAGCAAGUGAAGGAAUAACAAGAUGUUUUGAGCGGUUUCUGCUGCUUGCUGGAGGAUCAAGUGCUGUAAAUACAGGUGUAGCAGAAGAAGGGCCCAAGGGGGCUAAGGAGGUCCUGUAUAUUUUGAAUGCUCUGAAAUGCUGCCUUCCUCUUAUGGCAUCAAAGCCUUCCAAUACCAUCUUAAAAUAUUUUAAAGCAUUGUUAGAUCUGAACCAACCGAUUCUGACAAGGAGUAUAUUGGAGAUUCUGCAUGCCGUUGGUGACAGUCCAACUUUACAUGUCAAAUCUGAUGUGUUAUUGGAUCUUCUGUGCUUGUUGGGGCUGUCAGUGUCUUCAGAAAGGAAAUCAGGAGAUGAAAUGGCUUCAAUUGCACGGCUUUUACAUGUUGGUACUAAAAAGGUUUACAAUCAGAAUAAGAACAUAUGCGUUGCAAAGCUUCCAUUGGUAUUUACUUCGCUUGGAGAUAUAUUGUCAAGUGAAUUUGAAGAGGCGAGAUUUUCAGCUGUGGAGGCUUUUAAAGGUUUAAUAGAUAAUUGUGUCAAUGAAACCUUGGUGUCACAGGGCAUUGCACAGAUCAAGGCUAGACAUCAAGGGUUAACAUCGGAUCCCACAAUCAUAGAGAAGAUAUGUGCUAUCCUGGAAGGCUUGCUAAAUGUACGUUAUAGUGAUGUCUGGGACAAAUCAUUUCAUAUAAUUUCAGUGGCAUUUGACAAGUUAGGAGAAUUUUCAUGUGACCUAUUGCCUGAAGCACUCAAGAACUUGGCAGACAUGCAAAACUUGUCAGAUGACGACUUUUCUUUCCGGAAGCAGCUCAAUGCAUGUCUUGGUUCAGCGGUUGCUGCGAUGGGGCCAAAGAAUGUUCUUGAAAUUCUUCAGAUUCAGUCAAUAUGUGAUGAAAAUGAAUGGAUUCUUCCUAUUUUGGAGAAGCACAUUGUUGGUGCAAGUUUACAAUUUUUCUUAAGAGAUAUUUUGGAUAUUGUUAGAGCUGUAGAGAAAAGCAUUCCUAAGCUUUUAAAGGGUGAUAAGCUUUUCUCCGCCAAGAGAGCUGAAGGUUAUGUGUAUUCUCUGUGGUCUUUGUUACCAUCUUGUUGCAACUAUCCACGUGAUACUUCAAGCAAUUUUAGAGUUCUACAAAAUGUUUUAUGUGACACUCUCCAAAACCAGCCUGACUUGCGUGGCAUUGUCUGCUCCAGUAUUCAGGUUCUAAUAAAGCAAAACAAAGAAGCUCUGUCAGUUGAAGACAUUCUUGCUGAGGAUGAAAUAAGCAAAUCUGAACGAAGAGCAAAGGAAUGCUAUACUAAAGAACUGGCAGAGGAAAACUUGAAAGCGAUACGGGCUUUUUCUUCACAGAUUUUGGAAGUUCUUUGUUCUAUAUUCUUGACGUCUUCGAUGGAUGCUAUUGGAUUAUUACAGCCUGCUAUAAGUGAGAUAGCUUCCAUAUCAGACAAAGAUGUCAUUGGCAAGUUCUUCCGCAACUCAAUAAGAAAGUUGUUGGAUGCCACAAAAGCUGUUAAUUCAGAGCCAGUGGAUGAUAGUUCUAUGCAAAUCGAAGCCAAUUCCAACACAAAUAGCACGGCGAGGGCUCUACUAUUAGACUUUGCAGCUUCAUUAAUGCCUGGUUUGGCUGCGAAGUCUAUCAAUGUCCUAUUCAGUUAUGUAAAACCUGCAAUUAAGGACAGUGACUCGUUGAUUCAAAAGAGAGCAUACAAGGUCCUCUCUAUGCUACUUAAGGAUGCUGAAUUUAUUGAAAAUAAUUUGGAUGUUCUGUUGGAAUUGAUGAUUUUGUCGUUGCCAUGUCAAUUUCCCUCGAAACGCUACAGGCUUGAAUGCCUAUAUCACCUUAUCGUUUAUAUUUUGAAGGAUUCAUCUACGGUUAGAAAGAGGGAAAUUGUUAGUUCAUUCAUCACUGAAAUACUUCUUGCAUUAAAGGAGGCUAACAAGAAAACCAGAAACCGAGCUUAUGAUUUGCUUAUUGAAAUUGCCCGUGCAUGUGAAGAUGCUGGAAAUGAUGAGAGGAAGGAGAGCUUGCACCAGUUCUUUGACAUGGUUGCUGGUGGUCUGAUUGGUCAAACUCCAUAUGCAAUUAGUGCUGCUGUAACUGGGUUAGCUCGGCUGACUUACGAAUUUUCAGAACUUAUUGGAGUCGCCUACAAGCUCCUCCCUCAGACUUAUUUGCUUAUGCAGAGGAACAACCGGGAAAUAGUCAAAGCAAACUUAGGUUUUAUCAAAGCUUUAGUGGCUAAAUCUAAAGCUGACAUGUUGCAUGAGCACUUGAAGGGAGUUGUUGAGGGUUUGUUGAGCUGGCAAAGUGAUACAAAGAAUUCUUUCAAAGCAAAGGUCAAGUCACUCAUAGAAAUUCUUGUGAAGAAAUGUGGCUUAGAUGCUGUAAAGGCUGUGAUGCCCGAAGAGCAUAUGAAAUUGCUUACCAAUAUUAGGAAGAUUAAUGAACGAAAAAUGCGUAAGGCAAAAUCUUCUGAGGAUGGGGAUGCCGUGUCUAUGACCUCAGGAGCCACAAGGCAAAGUAGAUGGAAUCACACACAGAUGUUUUCGGAUUUUGGAAGUGACGAUGAUGCAUCCGAUGGUCCCUUCUCUACCCAACAUACUGUUGCUUCUCGAACUGGAUCAAAAGCUUCAACGCGGUUGAGUCGGAAGCGCCAAGCAGACAAGAGCUUACUGGAAAAGUUCAUUGACCAGUCGACUGGUGAGCCACUAGAUUUACUUGACCAGAGAACAGUGCGGUCGGCUCUCAAAUCAGCAGCAGGGAAAGAGAGGGCCACACCCAACGACGAUGACGACGAUGAGUUGGAGAUGGACCCUGAAGGUCGUAUAAUUGUGCGCGAAGAGCGAGAGAAGCGUAAAAAGAAGCCUGUCUCUCGUGACGACGAGGUUGACGAAAGGAGCUCUUUCAGAAGCCAGUCCGUUAAGAAGAGAAAGACGUCCAGCUCUGGCUGGGCCUACACUGGGCACGAGUACACCAGCAAGAAGGCCGGCGGUGAUCUGAAGAAAAAAGACAAGAUGGAACCUUACGCAUACUGGCCAUUGGAUCGUAAGCUGCUCAACCGCAGGUCAGAGCGCAAGGCGUCUGCGCGCAAGGGCAUGGCCAGGGUCAUGAAGGUCACUAAGAGGCUUGAAGGGAAGAGUGCAAGUGCCGCGCUUUCUGCUAAGCGGACGGCGAAAAUGAAGCACAAAAAGAACAAAUGAGAGGGGUCGAAGGAGCUUUGUAUAGAGGAGCUGGCCAGUUGUGUCAGAGCAAAAUUUUGAUUUGUACAGUGCGAGGAUGCAGAAGUAGUUGUGUUCUUGUGCCGUUAUUUUUUGUUGCUCUUGUUUCAUUGACGCGGACAUGUGUUGAUUAGAAGCUCGACACUUGAGUUUGUAUCACAUUGGUUUUUUCUACUUGUUUGAUGACUGGUAAAAAUCUUCGAUAUUUGUUGUGCAUUCGAUUCAUUGACGCAAUGACGCUAGUUGGCCUCAAGGUAAAGGUGCCGUCGCGGCAAGAACAGCCACCGGGGACGAACAGCGAAGCUAACUGAGGAAGAUGAACGGACGAGAGGCGUUAAUAGUUGUGUUUGGUUGACUGAUGCCGUUUCGUGUUUUGAAGUCACUAACACUUUUACAGUAUCUAUAAUUCUCAAGCGGGCAGACUUAAUUCAAUUUGUGGUUUGAUUCCUGCA